AUGUCGCGAACGAGAGUUUUGCUGGUUGGAGCAGCCGGUGAGACGGGCGGCUCAAUCGCAAACGGGCUCCUUGAGAACCCAAUCUUUGAAGUCUAUGCGCUUGUUCGUCCCCGAUCGGUCCAAAAACCUGCCAUUGUUUCCUUGCAAGAACGAGGUGUCCAAGUGCGCAGAUGCGAUCUGAGAGGCUCAGAGGAGUCGCUCGCCGAAGCGCUUACAGAUAUCGAUAUUGUCAUCAGCUGUGUCGGUCCCGCCGAACAACAAGACCAGAUUCCUCUUGCAAAGGCUGCCAAGAAGGCUGGAGUCAAGCGAUUUGUACCAUGCGGUUUUAUCACAGUGGCUCCGCCCGGCGGCAUCAUGUGGUUGAGAGAUGAGAAAGAGACCGUUUACAAUCACAUCAAACAACUCUGGCUUCCAUACACCAUUGUCGAUGUUGGCUGGUGGUACCAGCUUUCGUACCCUAGACUCGAGUCCGGACGAGCAGACUAUGCCAUGACCACGGCAAACAACGAGAUUGUUGGGGACGGCAACACCCGCACUGCCUUGACGGACCUGAGAGAUAUCGGACGCUACAUCGCCAGAAUUAUCGUGGAUGAUCGGACAUUGAACAGGAUGGUGUUCGCGUACGACACAGUCCUGACCCAGAACCAGAUUUACGAUAUGCUCGAAGAGAUCAGCGAGGAGAAGGUUCAAAGGAACUAUAUCCCGGAAGAGACCGUCUACACUCGAGUUCUUGCGGCCCGCCAGUCUAGCGAGACCUAUCCCUUCGACCCGGUGAAGUUCAUUCCUCGAUACCUCGCCGAAUACCAAUUGUCCUGGGGUAUUCGCGGUGACAACAACCCGGAAUACGCGAAGUAUCUGGGCUACCUGGACGCAAAGGAGCUCUACCCCGAUUUCAGACCAACCGACUUCCGGCAAUAUCUCGAGACGGUCGUCAGAGGCACUGCGAAGGGUAUCUACACAGAUCGUACUAUCUCAAGAGCCCAGCAACGGGAAUUCCCACGGACAGAGUCUAGUGACUCGCUGUACACUCGGAUCUUCCCCAGAGCUGAGUCGAGCGAUUCGCUAUACAUGAGCAGAUAA